UUAGUAGUUUAGGAAGUCUGACAUAAAUGUGUGUCCCUCAAACUGAGGCUUACUUACAAUAUGGAGCGUCAGGUGCUGUUGUGUCUCUACCUGUCAUCCGUCCCUGGUCUCAUAGCAUCAGGCUUAAUAAACCAGCCCAGAAGCAUUGGGAAGAGACAGACUCAGGGCACGAUCAUCAAUGGAAUAGAAAUACAGAGUAUGAAAGUUAACUGCAGAAUAACCUCCCGAUUUGCUCACUAUGUGAUCACCAGCCAAGCUAUCAAUCAUGGCAACACCUCCCAGGAAAUUGUCUUCGAUGUUGAGAUCCCUAAAACAGCCUACAUUAGCAAUUUCCUCAUUACAGUGGAUGGAGUCCCAUAUCCAGGAAAUAUCGAAGACAAGGCGAUUGCAUGGAAACAAUACCGUAAAGCUAUUAUUAAAGGAGAGACUGCAGGUUUGGUAAGGGCCUCUGGGAGGAAAAUGGAAAAAUUCAACAUUGCAGUCAACAUUGGGGCUGGCAGCAAAGUCAGCUUUGAGUUGACUUAUGAAGAGCUAUUAAAGCGACACUUGGGAAAAUAUGAAAUUGUCAUUAAGGUUAAACCAAAGCAGCUGGUCCGACAGUUUGAGAUUGAAGCAGACAUCUUUGAACCACAAGAGAUUAGUAUGCUGGAUGCCCAAGCAACUUUCCUUUCUAGGGACAUGACUCAAUUUAUUGAAAAAUCCUUCUCUGGAAAAAAGGGUCGUGUAUAUUUCAAUCCCACAAUUGAUCAACAACAGGCCUGCCCUACUUGCACCAAAUCCUUGCUGGAUGGAGACUUCAAAAUAAAAUAUGAUGUGAAAAGAGACACAGUCUGUGAUCUGCAGGUGGUCAACAAACAUUUUGCACAAUUCUUUGCACCAAAAAACUUGAAGAACAUGUCCAAGAAUGUAGUUUUUGUGAUAGACAUUAGUGGAUCUAUGGCUGGUCAGAAAAUAAGGCAGACUAGAGAGGCUCUCCUUAAGAUCCUUGCUGACAUUAAGCUGGAAGAUUACUUCAAUUUGAUCCUCUUUGGAAGCCAUGUAAAAGCAUGGAAAAAUUCUCUCGUCCAGGCCACAGUUGCCAAUUUGCAAGAAGCCAGAGACUUUGUGCAAACUUUCCAUCUUGCAGGCGCAACAAAUCUGAAUGGUGGCUUGUUAGAGGGAAUUAAGACCUUGAAUGAGGCUCUUGAAGCUGAUCCCAGGCUCAGAAAUAAUGCUCCCAUUGUCAUCAUGUUGACAGAUGGUGAACCUACUGUGGGGGAGACCAAUCUGGACCAAAUCCGGAUGAAUGUCAAGAAUGCCAUCCAAGGGAAAUUUCCACUCUACAAUCUGGGCUUCGGAGAGAAUGUUGACUUUAGUUUCUUGGAGGCAAUGUCUCUGGAGAACAAUGGGGCAGCCCGCAGAAUUUACGCAGAAAAUGAUGCUGCUGAGCAGUUACAGGGCUUUUACGAUGAAGUUGCCAAUCCCCUCCUCACUGAUGUGGAAUUCCAGUAUCCCAAGGACUCCAUCCAAGCUCUGACAGAGAAUCGAGUAAAACAAUUCUAUGAGGGCUCCGAAAUCGUGGUAGCUGGAAAGCUGUCUGAUGGUGGACUGAAGGACUUUAAAGCUGAUGUGACCGGCCGGGGUGCAGGCCAGAAUCUGGUCACAACAUGCUUGGUCGAUGAAGAAGAGACAGAGAAAAUUCUCCGGGAACGGGGCCACUUGUUUGAGGAACACAUUGAGAGACUCUGGGCUUAUCUUACCAUCCAACAAUUACUGGAAAAAUGGACAAAAGCAAACAGUGAGAAGGAGAAGAAUGAUCUCUCUGCCAAAGUUGUUGAACUGGCUCGGAAGUACAAAUUUGUGACCCCUCUGACCUCCAUGGUAAUCACCAAGCCAGGAGAUCCUGAUGACCGGAUUGCCAUUGCUGAUAAGCCAGGAGAUCAGUCCAAGCAGAAAUUAUGGGUGCUUCCAGCUCAACAGGAUCCUCUAACUUCUCAUCUUCGUCCUCGCCCUCGUCCUCAUCCUCAUCCUCAGGGUCCUCCAGAUCAUGUGACGGGUGUGGAUGGAGACCCACAUUUCAUCAUCCAGGUGCCUGAGAAAGACGAUGCCAUCUGUUUCAAUAUCAAUGAGGAGCCAGGUGUGGUGUUGAGCCUCAUCCAAGACCCAGACACAGGGAUUAUAGUCAAUGGGCAGCUCAUUGGUGAUAAAAAUCAUAGCAAUGGCAAGAACAAAAACACUUACUUUGGAAGGCUUGGAAUUAUGAACCAGAAGAUGGGAUUCACAUUGGAGGUGACACCUCAGAAUAUCACUCUUCGCCCUGGUAUGAAGGGAUCUGUAUUUUCCUGGAUGGACCAAGUCACACUGAGGCAGGGAGGGGUGACUGUGACUAUCCUUCCAACUCGAAAAUUGGUUGUUUCCAUGGAUAAUGGAGCCACAAUGGUUGUUGUCUUACACCAUGUGUGGAAAAAGCAUCCUGUCCACCAAGAUUUCCUGGGGAUAUAUACAGUGGACAGCCACAAGAUGUCACCAAGGACACAUGGGUUGCUGGGACAGUUCUUCCACUCUUUUGACUUUGAAGUUUUUGAUGUCCGGCCAGGCUCUGACCCGAACAAGCCAGAAGCUACAAUGUUGGUGAAAAACCAUAGGCUGAAGGUCACCAGGGGCUCACAGAAAGACUAUAGAAAGGACCCCUGGCUGGGCAGUGAUGUCUCCUGCUGGUUUGUGCACGACAAUGGUGCCGGGCUGAUUGAUGGCACCCACAUGGACUACGUUAUCCCCAGCAUAUUCUAACUCCAAUGUUUAGGAAAAUCUCAUAUUCUCCUUUGUGAGUCUGUAGUUCUGAUCACAUGAGAGCCAGCUCUGAGCAUUUGUAACCCAAGGAGGAAAAGGAUGGAGCUGGAUGGAGCCAUGGCCAGCAGUUCAGUGUAUACACAUGUCUACUGACCUCACUCCAUUCUGUUUUCUAAAUUAAAUUUCUCUCUGAUCUCUUUCAAAUUCUGUUAUGUAAUUAUGGUUGACAUUUUGUAUAUCUCAUUAAACAGUAGUUUUGUUCUGCUCCA